AUGCCCUCCGAAAACGCCACGGCCUUCUGGGCCAAGACAGACAAGUACCUGAUGUCAACAGGUGUUCCCUAUUCACCAGUCAUCAUCACCAAGGCCAAAGGCACGAAACUUUACGAUGCGGAAGGUCGCCAGAUUCUGGAUUUUACUUCAGGCCAAAUGAGUUCUCUCCUAGGCCACUCGCAUCCUGAGAUCGUAGAGGUGGUCCAGAAGUAUGUCGCCGAGCUGGACCACUUGCUCAGCAACAUGAUCACGCAGCCAGUCGCAGAUCUCGCCGAAAGAUUGGGAAAACUUCUCCCGGCUCCUCUCGAGAAGUCCUUCUUCUUGAACACUGGCUCUGAGACAACUGAAGCAGCAAUCAAGAUGGCCAAGCUUCAUACCGGCAAAUUUGAGAUCGUCGCCAUGUCCGCAAGUUACCAUGGCCUCACUCAAGGUUCUGGAUCAGCAACCUACUCUGCAGGUCGCAAGAAUGGCGGUCCCGCGAUGCCUGGUCAGCUUGCGUUCCCGGCGCCCUAUGCCUACCGUUCAGUCUUUCGGAAGCCCGACGGCUCGUACGACUGGGAGACGGAGAUGGAUUUUGGAUGGGGCAUGAUUGACCGACAAAGCGUAGGAUCUCUUGCGGGCUUUAUCAUGGAGCCUAUUCUCUCUACUGGAGGUAUCCUCGAUCUGCCCAAGGGGUAUUUGAAGCGUCUAAGCCUUGAAUGCCAGAAGCGAGGCAUGCUUCUCAUUCUUGAUGAAGCGCAAACAGGUGUUGGGCGCACAGGUCAAAUGUUUGCUUUUGAGCACGACGAUAUUGUCCCCGAUAUUCUCUGUCUGUCAAAGACUCUCGGUUGCGGCUUGCCCCUUGCUUCCGUCAGUACUACGGCUGAGGUUGCGAAGGGAUGCCAAAACGCAGGGUUCCUCUGGCUUACAACACAUCUCAACGAUCCACUCACAGCCGCUGUUGGUAACAAGGUUCUUGAAAUUGUUGAACGUGACAGAAUUUGCGAUAAGGCUUCCGAGAGGGGAGAGCAACUCCGCGCAGGUCUGCUCAAGCUUCAGGAGAAGUACUGGUGUAUUGGCGACGUACGCGGGCGUGGUCUACUGCAAGGUAUUGAGAUCAUCUCAGAUGCAAAGACGAAGGCACCAGGAUCAGACUUGGGUCAGGCGGUUUCCGAUCGAGCGAUGACACUAGGGUUGUCCUGCAAUGUCGUAAACUUGCCGGGUAUGGGAGGCGUAUUCCGGCUCGCACCUCCAGUUACUGUCACUGCUGAGGAAAUUGAAGAGGGACUUCAAAUAUUGGAUAAGGCGUUUGGAUAUGUGCUGGAUCAGGAUAAGAAGGCUGCUGCCACAUGA